AAAGAUUCAUAGUUUCGAAGCUUCGUGGAGAAGUGUUGUGAUUUUGCCCAUUACCACAUUAUACUUUCCUGUUUCAAAUCGAAACAGAUUUAGACGUGGACUCUCUAAUAAGGAAAGCAGUGAAUCAAACCAGACUGAUUAUAUCUUCGAAAUAACCGGGAUGGAAAACUGCCUGGUUAUAAAGAUGGAGCAGCGUGAAAACAGCCAUACAAUGCCAGAUGUGAAGACAACAAACCGCCAAUCCUCACGAAGGCAAAGGCGGGAGAAUGAAAAAUAUCAGAAGGAACCGAAAGAAGAUUCGGUCACUAACCAUCAAUGUGGGAUGCCUUUCAUUCAAGAAGCAAACCAUAAGCAGCACAUAAGAAGUCCCUCUGAAGAGAAAGCUUUCACCUGUUCUGAAUGUGGAAAGAGAUUCAAAAAUAAAAGGAUCCUUAAUGACCACAUGACCAGUCACUCCGAAGAGAAAGCUUUCAUCUGUUCUGAAUGUGGAAAGAGUUUCAAAAAGAAGAGGGUCCUUAAUGACCACAUGAUUGUUCACACUGGAGAGAAACCUUUCACAUGCUCCGAGUGUGGAAAGAGUUUCAAACUGAAGAGGAUCCUUAAUCAACACAUGAAAAUCCACAGUGUAGAGAAACCUUUCACCUGCUUCGUGUGUGGAAAGAGUUUCAAAAUGGAGAAGGUCCUUAAACAACACAUGAAAAUUCACACUGGAGAAAAACCUUUCACCUGCUCUGAGUGUGGAAAAGGUUUCACAGUGAAACAAAACCUUAAAUAUCACAUGAGAAAUCACACUGGAGAGAAACCCUUUACCUGCUCUGAGUGUGGAAAGAGUUUCAUCGUCAACAAGAGUCUUAAGCAACACAUGAAAGUUCACACUGGAGAGAAGCUUUUCACCUGCUCUGAGUGUGGAAGGGGCUUUGGUUUUAAACAAUCCCUUGAGAAGCACAUGAGAAUUCACACUGGAGAGAAACCUUUCAUAUGCGCCGAGUGUGGAAACAGUUUCAGAGAGAGACAAAAUCUUAAUGUUCACAUGAGAAUUCACACUGGUGAAAGGCCAUACGUGUGCCCUCACUGUGGAAAGUGUUGCAGAUUGAGAAAAAACCUUCAGAAUCACAUAAGCAUUCACACUGGAGAAAAGCCUUUCAUUUGCCCUCUGUGCGGAAAGUGUUGCAGAAUAAGACAAAACCUUCAGAGACACAUGAGAGUUCACACAGCAGAGAAGCCUUACAGCUGUUCCGAGUGUGAAAAGAGUUUCACAAUGAAACAUCGCCUUACGAGACACAUGAGAAUUCACACUGGAGAGAGGCCUUUCGACAGUUCAGAAAACCCACCAGCUAUUGAGUAUGUGAUAUAGAUUUGGCCAUUUGACACAAUAAGAAUACAUGGAAUACCGUUACAAUUAGUUUACUUGCAGAAACUGCAGGCGGUCUUGAUGAUUCAUUAGCUGUCGGGCUUAAAGCAUGCGUGCUAGUGUGUGCUAGGGCCAGUCGCGUUUCCACUGUCACUUCCGGGGCUUGAUCGUGCCUCACCGGGGCUUUCUCGGGGCCAACGGCCAGGGUUUUUUGGCCCGACGAAAACCUUGGGCCAAAGCGGGCCAGCUGGGGCUAGAGGAGGGGUUAUCAACAAAGGCGGAGUUUCUCUGUGUCUAGAGAGCGUCAGCGCGGAUCAUUUCAGAAAGAUAACAGCUAUAACACCAGCAUUAAAGACGUUUUAAAAUAAGUUGAGCUCAAAACUCACUCUUAGUUAGCAGCAAGUGUUUGAAAUAACUUGAUCCGAUGUUGAUUAUAAUCACUAAACAAGGCAGAAAUAUUUAUAAGCGAUGUAAAAGACUAUGCACGCUAAAUAUUGACGUUAUGACUGAAUAAGCAGGCUAUUUUCAUGAGCGUUAAAAAUAAAUAAAAUAGAAAUAAGUGUAUUUAUGUGUGAUUAAUUUUGAGUCCUGAUAAAUUAAAUAUGAUCAAUGUAUCAUGUAUUCUAUAGUUAAAACAUAGAUGCUUUUUAAUUUGAGUAUUUAACAAAGCAUGCAAACAAACGGCCGCUUUUAUCAUGUUCGUUUUGAGAUCGUGCAUGUUCCAGUGACUUAUUUCUUAGUUUUAUGAUAACUUCUCUUUGUUGGUGAAAUGAUGAGGUUGCAUGACGUUGUUCUGAGAGGCGUGUAAAGGGCGUGUUUUAGUGACGUGUAGCGGUGCUUCAAGCUCCACUGUGGAAACCCUGCGCUAUUCUGGCCUCGGUGCUACUGGCCCGAUGCUAUUAGCCCCAGCUGGCCCGCUUUAAGCCCUGGCUCGCACUGGCCCGUGGAAAUGUGGCUUUUUAAAACUUGUAUAGCCCUAACAGAACUACAUAGUUAAUUAAAUAGCAAUGUUUUUGUGGGUUUUCUUACAUUAUUUGUGUAUUUCUUUACUCAUUUAUCAUUUAUAUAUAAUCCUGUAUACAUUAUAUAUAGCCUUACUUAAUAUUUGUUUGCCACAUUUUUCUAAUGAUGUGUAAUCUUACAUUGUUCAACAUUUACUAAUGCAUUAUUAAAAUAAAAAGUUGUGCCUGUUAACAGUUAAUGCACUAUGAAUUGACAUGAACUAACAGUGAACAACUGUAAUUUUAUUAACAUUAAAAAAGAUUAAUAAAUACUGUAACUGUAAA